UUAUUCGAUCUGCACGAGCUGCACGUGCACAAACGUGCAUACAUACCUUACCUCCCUAAGGUAUUGACCUACGGUAAAAGUUCAGACCUCGCUUCGGUAAGCUUGCUGGUAGGCCACAGCAAGUGGACACAGCAGCGCCGCCAGCAUUGAGCUAGAGAAGCGCGUCCACGCCCCGAGCGACAAACCAAACUGCCCAUUCACAGGGAAGAACGAGAACACAUUGCCAGCCACACAACCGCCUGGAAUCAGCCAUGGCGCCAACUCCUCCUCAUCUCCCGAAGCCCGACGGGAUUGCAGCUGCCAGCAACGGCAGCAGCAGCGAGACCUCGUCGUCAUCUGCAUCUUCGUCAUCACUCCUCCACAAUGUGGCUCAGGCCCUCCGAGACCUUUCCAGGGGCGAACAGACCGCGGCCGUGCUCGAGGAGAGUUUGAGCAGCCUGGAGAGCAAGCUGGACGGGAUCCUGGCGUCCUUCGGGGCGGCGGUCUCUCCGGAGGAGCCGGGCGCCGCUGCUCCGGAGCGGAAAGGGCAGCAGAAGAAGGACGCGAAUGGUGAUGACAGCAAGGAGGGUGGUGGUGGUGCUGCUGCUGCUGCGGAUGGCGGCGAAAAAGGGGGCACAUGAACGAGAGAGGCUCUCGCUUCUUUUCAUUUCCGGUGUCAGUGAAUGGCCCCGGCCUUGCGCUGUUCUAGAUCUAGAAAGAGCGUUAAGACUAUCGCCAAUUUGCGGAGCGGAGGCUGUUAGAUAGACGGGACAUUCGAUGAUGACUCUUGGGCUC